AUGGUUUAAGUCAAGUUCAUAGUCUUGUUAGUCUGUGCAUUGACAGUGACCUAAGGUAUCUCUUAAUUUUAUGUCAAGCUUUUGAAGCUGAGGGUACACUCUUGUCGAUGUCAUUAAAUGAGAUUAGCAACCUCAAUUUAGGGGAUGUUAAUUGUGAAAACACAUCUUAGCAACAGUUUGUGUAGUUGUAACAAAAUCUCGAGUCAUGGGCCGACAUCAUUGAUCAUAAGGAUGACAUUGAAAAAGAUAUCAACACUUUGAAAUAAUUGGAAGUCAUCUUAUUAUAAGUCAAAAAAUAAACAUAAAAGAAAAGUAUUUAGUUUAUUUUAUUUCUAGAGAUUGCUCCAUAACAAUUGAAAUAAAUAAAUUAAGUUGUGACUAAAAAAAUUAAGUCUUUAGUUCUUCCAUAAACAGCUAGCAAAAUUGGAUAAGCACACUGCGAUGAAAUUGAAAGAUAAUUAGAGAGAUUAAGUAGUGAUAAUGAAUCAGAAAGAAACGAAUGUUGUGAUGCACUUUUGAAAUUGGCUACUUUCCUAAUUAGACAAUUAUCUAGCAUUAAUCAAUAAUGCCAUCAAAAUCCAGUCACUGUCAUUAAAAUCAAAGGAUAAAUCAAAGAAUUACAUAUCAUCUAAGGAGGAUGUGGAGGAGGACAAACUAUUGACAUUCCAAUGGGAGGAUCUGAUGAAAAAUGUGAUAAACCAGAAACACCAACCAAGCCUGCAGAUCCAACUACUCCUGAUACCCCUACAGAUGAACCAUUGCCAGAUCCUGGAAAAGAAGAGGAGACACCAGCGGAAGAGACUGAGACUGAAACUGAAGAAACUACAACAACACAAGCUGAAGAGGAACUUUAAGAACCAGCUGAAGAAGAAGAAUCACAUGAAGGCGGUGAAAAAAAUAAUACUACUCCCACAGACCUUCCUGAGGUUGGGGAGGAAGAAGAAUUCUGGCCAGAGGAAGAAUUUAGCCCUGAAGAUGGACCAUUACCUGAAGAAGAAGAAACUCCAGUUGAAGGAGAUAAACCAGGAAGUAAGCCAAGAAGAAGUAGGCCAAGUAAACCAAGAAGUAAACCACACAGUAAGCCUGCAACACCAUAAGCCGGAGAAGAAGAAGAAUGGUUACCUGAAGAAGAAGAAACUCCAGUUGAAGGAGAUAAACCAGGAAGUAAGCCAAGAAGAAGACCAAGUAAACCAAGAAGUAGACCACACAGUAAACCUGCAACACCUUAAGCUGGAGAGGAAGAAGAAUGGUUACCUGAAGAAGAAGAAACUCCAGUUGAAGGAGAUAAACCAGGAAGUAAGCCAAGAAGUAGACCAAGUAAACCAAGAAGUAGACCACACAGUAAACCUGCAACACCUUAAGCUGGAGAGGAAGAAGAAUGGUUACCUGAAGAAGAAGAAACUCCAGUUGAAGGAGAUAAACCAGGAAGUAAGCCAAGAAGUAGACCAAGUAAACCAAGAAGUAGACCACACAGUAAACCUGCAACACCUUAAGCUGGAGAGGAAGAAGAAUGGUUACCUGAAGAAGAAGAAACUCCAGUUGAAGGAGAUAAACCAGGAAGUAAGCCAAGAAGUAGACCAAGUAAACCAAGAAGUAGACCACACAGUAAACCUGCAACACCUUAAGCUGGAGAGGAAGAAGAAUGGUUACCUGAAGAAGAAGAAACUCCAGUUGAAGGAGAUAAACCAGGAAGUAAGCCAAGAAGUAGACCAAGUAAACCAAGAAGUAGACCACACAGUAAACCUGCAACACCUUAAGCUGGAGAGGAAGAAGAAUGGUUACCUGAAGAAGAAGAAACUCCAGUUGAAGGAGAUAAACCAGGAAGUAAGCCAAGAAGUAGACCAAGUAAACCAAGAAGUAGACCACACAGUAAACCUGCAACACCUUAAGCUGGAGAGGAAGAAGAAUGGUUACCUGAAGAAGAAGAAACUCCAGUUGAAGGAGAUAAACCAGGAAGUAAGCCAAGAAGUAGACCAAGUAAACCAAGAAGUAGACCACACAGUAAACCUGCAACACCUUAAGCUGGAGAGGAAGAAGAAUGGUUACCUGAAGAAGAAGAAACUCCAGUUGAAGGAGAUAAACCAGGAAGUAAGCCAAGAAGUAGACCAAGUAAACCAAGAAGUAGACCACACAGUAAACCUGCAACACCUUAAGCUGGAGAAGAAGAAGAAUGGCUACCUGAAGAAGAAGAAAAUGAAUUCCCAGGAGAUAUUCCUUCAAAUAAAAAUGGAACUUCUUCAAUUCCAAGCUUACCUGAGGAUGGUGAAGAAGCUUGUGAGGAAGAAGGUGAGGAGGCAGGUGAAGAGAGCACAACCACCCCAUCCAAAUCAGUAGCAGCAGAGGGUGAAGAAGGAGCUGAAGAAGUAGGCGAAGAAGAAGUAGGUGAAGAAGAUGUAGGUGAAGAAGGAGGAGAAACUCCAGCUGAUUAGACUGAAGAAAGUCCAGAUUAACCAGAAGAAUAAGAAGAAAAGUAAUUAUAAUUAUAAUGAAAUUAGAUGUUAAGAAACUGUUGAAAUAACUGCAACCAAUGCAGCUGAUAUUAUGUGUGCUUUAGGAUAAUAUUUGAGUUAAUUAGCUCACGGAGGAUCCCCUUCUGACAGUCCAAACGCUAAGAAGGUUUGCUUCUGCUUGAAAUAUGAACCAGGUAUAUGAAAAUUUUAAUUCUAGACAACGCUGAUCCUUCAUUGCUACAAUUAACUUAAAAAGUGAGCAAAAAAUAAAGAAAAGAAUAAGAUGGCAUGUUGAAAGCAUUAAUUCCUAACAGGAGAAUUUGAAUAUGAA